AUGUCGUACUCCAGGUCUGAAGAGUCAACAAGCAGUGGUCAAUCUGACUCUGACGUGGACAAUGGCGACCUCAAGAACAACAUCCUCCUCAUGCUAGCCGAGAGCGAAGCAGCUCGCGCACGCGAACAAGUACAGAAACUUCAGCAUGUCCAAGGCCGUCUGACAGUUGAAGGCGGAAGUCUUCGCGCCCGGCUCGAUAAUGCCGAAGCCCGCGCUCAAGGCGCCACUGACAGUCGCGACCUCAUCAAGAAGCUCAAGGCAAUGUUUGCUGCUGAACGAAAUGAGAAGGAGCAGGCCAUCAAAGAUAAGGCGCAACUAUCUGAAGCCCUCGCAGCUCAGCUCUCUGCAGGCGCAGAAGCAGCAAAGAAGAGCAGUGAAGCGACAGCACAUCUGGAAACAACUAUCGAAAACCAACGCCGUCAGAUCGAAAACGCUGAGCACAAACUCACCAUCGUCAAAGGUGAUCGUGAUUGGUAUCGCGCUGAACACGGCCAAAUGCUCGAAGCUCGCAACAUCCAGCACACCGACCGGGCGCCCGAGAUCAAUCACCUCAACAACAAGAUUACAAGGCUGACUCAGGAUGUCCAAAAUAUCAAGGAGGAUUCCCGAAACAAAGUUCAAGUAUUGAAGCGGUACAUCGCCGUCCAGGUUGUCAAUCUUGAUCUAUUCCACAACCACAUCUAUACCUGUCGUCAUCAUGAUGUAUCAAACACCUAUUAUGAUAGAAUCGUCACGCGGGUAAAGAAGCCACAUGUGGCAGCAAAUGAGAUCUUCAGAGACUGGAAAGGAGACGACGUAUUCAUGACCGAAUAUUCAGCCACGAGACAAGCUUUACUCGACCAUCACAGGGCUCAUGAGCAAGCUGGCAAGACUCGUGGUGAGUAUUCUAGUUGCGUCAAGGACAUCCUCGUUCAUGGGGACCAGCAUCGUGGUGUGAGCUUUGACUACACCUUGGACUGA